AUGUCCAUUUCGAUGGUCGGAUUAGACACAUGCACUAUGAGGUAAAUAUGAAGGUCUUUUUUUCUAAAAAUUAGAAGGAAAUGUUAUAUUGCUUUUGAUUUCCAGGAAGAUCCAUAUGCGGCCAUGUUCAUCAACCCCAGCCAUUGACUCUUGGGCCAUCUCUGGAGAAUAUUGUGGAAAAACAAAUGUUCUUCAGCCCCAUCCAUUGACUCUCCGGCCAUAUUUGGACAAAAUUGUGGAAAAAAUAAAAUAUAUUCUUCAUGAAAUGUACGUCAUUUUACAAUAAAUGUUUUAAUGAAUCGAGGGACGUUUUUUCUUUCAUAGUAUCGUAAAUGUACGAUUUAUAAGCUAAAAUUUUCACCUUGAACGGUGUUUUUCCGUCAAAAAAGAAAAAAAGUGAUGGCUGAAAAACUGAGGGGGCGGAGCUUAUUUUGGGACGUCGCAAAUCCAUGGAUUUGCUACCUCCCAAUUUUGCGCCGUCGCGAAAUGGCCGAUUUGCUACCUCCCAAUUUUGCGCCGUCGCAAAAUGGCCGAUUUGCUUCCGACGCCUUUUUUGGAGGUUGCAAAUUGAGAUUUCCGCUACUUUUUGAAAUUGGUAGCGAAUCCAGCAAACAUUCUCGAGCUCGAGAAAAAAUUCUUAUUCCUUCGCUCUUCAGUCACGUAUAUGCCUUCUAAAAUUUUUCUCUCAAUUUUUGUCAAGCAGAUUUCAUCAAAAUUAUCGGCCAAAGAAACGUUAUUAUUUGCCCGAAAAUUACGAAAAAAUAAUUUUUCAGUCAAAAAAUAGCCCAAUAAAAUAAAAAUCUGGUCAAAACCGCAAUUUGACAUAAGCAGACCUCGUUUUUUUACUAUUGAAAACACAUAAUUUUGGCCAUUUUUCAGUUGGACCCCGAGAUCACCGAGCCCUUCUACGGUUACAUCGUCGGCGCCUACAGUAUCGGAAGUAUCGUAACUUCACAACUAUUCAGCCGAUGGAGUAGUAAGACAAGGACAGUGCGAGGACCUCUAAUCGCGUGCAUGACAUGCAUGGCAAUUGGGAAUAUCAUCUACUUCUUGGUUCCCAUGGCUUCGGUUCCGCUGAGAAAGUGGAUGAUGCUGAUUGGACGGCUGAUCCUCGGCGCUGGCGAUAGUAAGUUUAUAAUUGGAUUUGGAAUGUUAUUUGUCAUACUAGAGUUUUCCCAAAAAAAAACUUUAUUCGGCGAAAAAAUUUGUAAACAAUCGGUGUUUUGCAAAAAAUCCAAUUUUAAAAUGUCUUUCAAAACAAAUGUAAUAUCGUUGUAAGGCAUGAUCUAAUUUUCUUCAAAUUUUGCAUACAUUGCGGCUAUAGGCUGCAUAUCAAUCCCUGAAAAUAUUAGCUGAGGCCUUGGAAGAGUAGCCGAGAUAUUGAACGAUCAUUACAGCCGAGUGGGACGCGAAAGGCGGAGAGUGGUCAGACAGAAAAAAGCGUUUUGGCCAUAUCUCUGCCAAUCGUGCGCGGAAAAAAUUGAUUUUUUGUGGAAACAUUACUCUUUACAGUACAAAUAAGUACAGAACUUUUCAUGUCAAAGUUUGCAAAAAAAACAGUGAUUUUCUCCCAACUUUCGACCUAAAAGUCUCGAUCCGGUUUCAGCAAAAUGCCAGCUAGAAUUCACGCAUACAUCUAUAGAAAAAUUUUUCCAAAUUCCUCCCAGGUUUCAUCAAAAUCAGUACGCCGUGCUUUGAGCGCUUCCCUUGUAAACUUUUCUUGUCCCAAUUUCUCCCACCUUUCAGACAGUCUAGCCCUUCUUCAAGGCUACGCCUCCACCGCCUCAACGCCCAAAGACCGUCCCAAGGCCGUCGCCGUGAUGACUUGCGGUCUCUCGGUGGGCUUUGCCGUCGCUCCCGCCCUCCAAAUCUGUUUCUCGCCAAUCGGCAGAGGAUUUCGAAUCUUUGGCGAGGUCGGGUUGGACAUGUAUUCUGCGCCGGCAGCGGCUGCAUUGGUCUCUUCUAUCUGCGCCAUUCUUCUCAUGAGAUUCGUGUUUGUGGAGGAGUACGCGGGUAUCAGUUCCAAAACCGAGGAAAAGUCGGUCAAUCUCCCACCGCCGGAUCGGCUGGCGUUGGCGUUGUGCUGUUUAGGAAGGUACAUCCAGUUCUUUACGUUCGUCAAUUUGGAAGCCAUCGGCGCCGCCUAUGUUGAGACGUAUUUCGGGGAGCAACGAGAGGAUGUGGUUGUGUUCAUCUCCGCCUCUCAUAUUGCGUGCGGAUUGAUGUCGUUGGCGUUGUAUGUCUUGUACAUCUUUAUGCAGCUGGGAAAGAAGUAGGUGCCAUCUUUUUAUGCAAGUAGCUGAACUGAUUCCUUCUUCAGAGUGAACGCACGGUUAAUGGUGAUCUCAUCGUUCCUGACGUUCUGCCUCUUCUACGUGGUCACAUUCCAAUGGCCCUUCGCUGACGGAAAUAUUCAGACAUACACAGAAGUUGGUAAGUGGAAUGGAGGUCUAACCAUGUAAAACUUGAUUACAUCGAGUCUUAGAAACUAGUGCAUGUUUAACACGGGAGACGCCUAAUACACAAGUUUAUCACCAUUACUCUUCGCAAAGGCUUAUUUAGAAGAGUCCGAGCCAACUUUCUGGCCAAACAUUUCGCUGUACAUUGUAUAAAAAGUCAUCGCCAAUCCAACUUCUGCCACAACUUAGAACUAUAGAUCGAGAUGAGAGGGGGCCUUAUUUUACCCUUUCCGAUUGCAACACCCUAAUAAAAACCACGCAAAAUACAUAGAUAUCAGUGUGUCGGGAAAAUAAUGAACACAAUUUUACUACGCCAAUCGCAUCAUUAAAGCCACAAGCUAACUUUGCCGCGACACGAUUCAUUUUCUCGGCGGCAAUGCGGCUUUUGAUGCGACAAAAUCCUUAGGCGCUAGACGACCAUGACAAUAUUUGAACUCACAAUGUUAAACGCCGGGGGUAACGGGUAUGUACUGAACUUGACCAUACAACACGAUAGACACAGUAGACAAACAGAAAUACACUUCAUUGAUCCAAACACAACAACAGCUCCCUCCAAGUUUAAAUUCUUUCAGAAUUCCGCGGAUUCCUCAACGGGACCUCCGGAGAGGAGCCGUUGGGCUGUAAUGUCGAUCGCUACAGUUGGUGCGAGCCGAUGGCCCCAACAAGUAAAUGGCUGUAUUUCGUAGCAUUUGCGAUUCUCAUCGGGUUCGGCUGGCCCAACAUCAACAUCUGUUUGUUGACCAUCUAUUCGACCGUGAUUGGACCGAGACAUCAAGCGUAUUAUCACGGCAUCUAUCAGAUGUGCGCCAGUGCAGCGAGACUGACCGGCCCGAUUUUGAUGAGGUAAUUUGCCGUUCCAAAUGUUUGUUACAACAAACUUUUCAGCGCUCUCUACCGCUCGGCCGGACCUCGCUACGUGUGGGGCGUUGCGAUUGUGGUCUUGUCGGUAUACUCACUACUAUUGUCGGUGUUCUACAAACGUUUGGUGCCGCUGGAAACGGCUCAAGAAAAGAGACGCUCCAAAGCCGCGGUGGCCGUUGUUGAAGAGCCGUCGACGUGA